AUGGCUAGCAACUCUGAGAAGGUGAGCUACCACGCUGGUGAGGCCAAGGGCCAAGCUGAGGAGAAGGCGAGUGGGUUGAUGGGUAUGGCAAACAAUGCAGCCCAAUCUACCAAGGAAACAGUGCAAGCGGCAGGCCAGAAUGUGCAGGCCGCGGCUGUAGGAGCUGUAGAUGCAGUCAAGAAUGCCACUGGCAUGAACAAAAAAUGA